CACGCGAACGCAGCGGUGCAAGUAUGGAUUCUGAUACAUACACGCACACACACAUAUAUAUAUAAGCAAGACCGAGAUUCACGAGUAUAUAGGUUAAGUGUAUAAGAUGCCAGCUGGUUUACCAUCAGCUGUCAGACCUCAUCAGAUAGGUCUGAUAUGCUAGUAAUUGCUUUAUUUUUUAUAAAUCGUUAAUUAUUAAUUUGUUAUAUGUUUAUUUAAAGUCGUCUUCAACAUGUAAAUUAAUCUAUUUAUUUGCUAAGCAUUAUUGUUAUCUUCAUGGUACAAGUACUUUAGGAUACUCUUAGUUAUAAUUUUCCAAGUUAAAUUAGAAAGAAAGUCAAAAUGCUUUCGGCAUUCAAGAGAUUAGCUGGCAAGUCCGAUGGGGUGGCUAGUCCGUCUCCGAGACCAGCGCAUCAAUCAAUGCCAACUAAUUUGCAAAGGAAGUUCGCGAAAGGAGUCCAGUAUAAUAUGAAAAUUAUAAUAAAGGGAGAUAGGAAUGUUGGCAAAACUUGUUUAUUUCACAGACUGCAAGGUCAAAAAUUUGUUGAAGAGUAUAUACCUACAGAAGAAAUUCAAGUAGCAAGCAUUCAGUGGAAUUACAAGGCCACCGAUGACGUUGUUAAAGUUGAAGUAUGGGAUGUGGUUGAUCGUGGUAGACGUAGAAAAAAAAUGGAAGGCCUAAAGAUGGACAAUGUUAUACCUGCUGAGAAUGUUAUUGAGGAGCCAGCACUGGAUGCUGAAUUCUUAGAUGUUUACAAAGGAACAAACGGUGUCAUAAUUAUGAUGGAUAUCACUAAGCAGUGGACUUUUGAUUAUGUUCAGAGAGAACUUCCCAAAGUACCCAGUCACAUACCAGUCAUUGUUUUGGGCAAUCACUGCGACAUGUCCCACCACAGAACUGUCACCGCAGAUCAUGUCACUUACUUCAUUGAUUCACUGGGAGAGAGAACUGCACAAGUAAGAUACGCUGAAUCUUCGAUGAGGAAUGGCUUUGGAUUGAAACUGUUGCACAAGUUCUUUAAUCUUCCGUUUUUACAAUUGCAAAGGGAGACUCUUUUGCAACAGCUAGAGACAAAUAAGGAAGAGACUCUCUUGACUGUUCAAGAGCUUGAUCUGUUUCAAGAGAGCGACGAUGCAGAUUACAAUAAAUUUUUGGACAAUCUGGUCAACAAGAGAAGAGCAAUGGCAGACUCUGUGUCUGCUACUGCUUUAGUUCCAAAUGUUACGUCUUCGCUGAGCCCCCAUGGUCAGAUCAAUAACCCAACUGGAUCCAUUGGAAGGGUUUUGGGUCCAAUUGGUGGUGGCACACCAAUACCUGUUAAAAACAUGGAUUCUAGAAUACUUAUGAAAAAAGAAGUACAAUCACAGGGAGUAGUUAGUAGCAAUAGCAAAGUAGAACAUGUGACUCAGCCAAAUAGCAGUAGUGCCCCAGAAUUUCCAAAUAACAAAUCGUCCAUUAGUAUUAAUUCAGACAAGAAAGAAUUAAGCACCAGAUCACAAUCUUUUGUUUCAAAACUGACCGGUAAGAAAGAGUCGGAGAAGGAUAAAUCUUUGGAAAGCUUCAAAUCCUACCCUAGUGCAUCAGUAGCAAGUGUAGAAGACUUUGUGCCUGAUGAUGGCUACCUGGACAAAUCAUUCUUGGAAGACAACAGCCAAUCGAAUUCUCAAGGAAGCCAGAGGAAGCAGCUUGAUUCCGAUAGUGAUACAGAAACAGGAAAUCCUCUGGUGGCCGGUUUCGAGGACGACCUAUCAUCAGCCGACGAGAUGCCGGUAUCGGUACAGCCAAAAUUAGCCGAGAACCCCCUCAGCAAGCAGAGGCACAAACGAGGGGAAAUUUCUCUGGGAGCCGAAUCAAAUUUCGAGCCGCGACCUCAAAUUACAAAACGCGACUCCGCGUCGUCCAUCGAACAGGAGCUGCAGAUCGCCAACAAAAUGCGCAUAGACGAUCAGAAUGACGGUAAUUCCGAUGACACGUUCGACAGUUGGCUGGGCCAAGACACCAAGUGGAGGCAGAGUCCCGAAGGCGGCGAGGACGUGAGCAGUAGCGUGGGUACAAAGAAGGAUAGGCACGAGCUGAGCGAUAAGAGUCUGGAUGCGAGUGUUACCAGCUCUAACGUUCAUCUAGAACUUCUGGACAACAGUAGUAUACGUCACCUUAGUUCUAAUGGCAGUAGUCCGGUAAUGAAGGAGAAAAAGAAGCAUAGGGAUAAGACCGAAGAUAAGGAGAAGAAGAAAAAGAAGAAAUCCAAAGACAAAGACAAGGAGAAGGAAAAGUCUGAAAAAUCGGAAAAGAAGAAGCGGCGAUCGUCAAAAAAAGAAGAGAACAGAAAGCGAGAUGAGCUGGAGGAGUUCUUGAACGGAUCGAGCGGACCCGCCGGUGUCGAGGCGGCUUACGAAGCUAUUUAAGCCAAUAAAUCUCUACCCGUCCGGGGGAAUUUUCGAUGUUUUUAUAACUGAUUUUUUCUAUCUGAAAAUACCUAAUGAGUUCUCGACAACAGCUUCCAGUCUUAUUUUAGUAUGUACUAAAAAAACAAUCAAGGUCGCAACAGCAACAAUAAGUCACUGAUCUCUAUCACGAAAGACUAAAAAACUUCUAUUUAAUGCAUUUAAGAUUUAAGGUCAGCCUAUAAGUUUGUAAGCAUGCGUUUAAAUGGUAUUCAUUCCACGUAAUACUAACAUCGCAUCAUACGAUUCUUAAACCGCAUACUUACGUUUCAAGGCAGAGGUUUAACUAUUAUAUUAUACAGGUGAGAGAGUGCGUAAAGUAAUAAAAAAAAGCAAAAAAAUCAUAGAUAUAUUUAAGCAAAUCUACUUGCAACGCAGAUAAAAUACAUAAUAUUUGAAUGCUUACGGUGGUGAAAAUCGAAAGGCAAAAAAAAAGGAAAUAAUUCUAUAUAUGUCUAAAGAGAAAAGUAUAAAUGUAUAUGGAAAUUAUAUUGUUACGUAUAUCCAAAUAAUUAUUGUUUAUAAAUGUACAUAUACCACGCAA